UUCCCGUAUGCGCUCACAAGAACAUACCUUCUCUCUUUGAGCAGUGAUAUCUUUUGUCUCUCAAUUGAUUGUUAAUUAAAAGGAAGAGAAAAUUUCAAAUUCCAAAAACCAGUCACGUGGGUUCCGAAAUUACUGAAAUCUUACUAUAAUUUUUUACGAGAGACUACACUCGAGGAUUGCAAACGUCAGCGAAGAAAAAUGAUGCCGAUUGCAAUAAGAUUUGGAAUUUUAACUGUAAGUGAUACUUGUACAAAAGAUAAGACACAAGAUAAAAGUGGUCCUGCGUUAAAAACAUAUAUUGAACAAAAAAGACACAUGUUUGAUGGAAUAGUAUCUUGUACUGCAAUUGUAGAAGAUGAUCAAGAUGUGAUAGCGAAACAUUUAACUGAAUGGUGUGAUAAAGAUAAAGCUGAUGUAAUUUUUACAACUGGAGGCACUGGUUUGGGAGUAAGAGAUGUUACACCAGAGGCAACUAGAAAAAUUUUGCAUAAAGAAGUUCCUGGAAUAUCUACAGCCAUACUUGAAGCAAGCUUAAAAAUAACACCAAUGGCUAUGCUCUCUCGAGCUGUGAGUGGAGUACGCAAUCGCACAUUGAUCAUCAACUUACCUGGCUCACAUAAAGCUGCAAUAGAAUGCAUGCAUAUAAUUGAAUGUAUAAUACCACACGCCGUAAGUCUAAUCUUGGAUGAUAAAACUAAAAUUCAAGCUGCACAUGCUGUUAUGCAGCGAGAGUCUUCUGUGACAAAAGACUUGCAUGCUGAAUCGCAUUUUUCCUUGGAUCAUUGCAAAAGAUCGAUAGAGAAAAAUAUGUGUGUAGCAACACGGUUACGAGAAUCCCCGUUUUCUAUGAUUUCUGUAGAAAAAGCUGUGAAAAUAAUACGCGACAGUGCAAAGACAUCGGAGAGUGAGUUUGAAAUCGUGAAUCUGAACGACGCUCUGGACAGAAUAAUAAUUGAAGAUAUAUAUAGCGAUUACGAUUUGCCUCCAUUUAGAGCUUCAAUAAAAGAUGGAUACGCAGUAUUGCAUUCUGAUGGAAAAGGCCUCAGAAAAGUAAUAGGUGCUUCAAACGCAGGAAGUACAUCUUUUCUUACGUAUAAUCUUGCAUCUGGCACUUGUGUACGUGUAAAUACAGGAGCACCCGUUCCUCAAGACGCGACAGCGGUUGUGCAAGUUGAAGACACAAAAUUAAUAAAAAAGAGCCCCGAUAAUACAGAAGAGAUAGAAAUCGAGAUAAUGAGUGUACCAACUCUUGGACAAGAUAUCAGACCUGUUGGUUCCGAUAUAAUGAAAGGAAGUUUAAUUUUGAACAAAUUCACACAUAUUGGUCCAGUAGAGAUGGGACUUCUAGCGGCAUGUGGGAUUGCCAAAGUUAAAGUCAGCAAACUUCCACGUGUUGGUGUAAUGUCUACUGGAAACGAGUUACAAACUUAUGAACAGUCUUUAGAAGUAGGACAUAUUUACGAUAGCAAUAGAAUAACUUUGAUCAGCCUAUUGAAAAAAAAAGGUUUUGAACCGGUCGAUCUUGGAAUUGUAGAAGAUGAUUAUGGAAAAUUAUUGGAAACAAUCAGUAAUGCUCUAAACAAGGUGGAUGUAAUUGUUACAACAGGUUCCGUAUCAAUGGGUGAUAAAGAUAUGUUAAAGCAAAUUUUGACAGAUAUGGAAGCUACUAUACUGUUUGGUCGCGUAAAUAUGAAACCAGGAAAACCAACAACAUUUGCAACAGUCACAUGGAAAGAUAGAAAAAAAUAUUUCAUGUGUUUGCCAGGAAAUCCGGUUUCUGCUAUCGUUACCGCACAAUUGUUUCUUUUACCUCUCCUGAACGAGAUGAGUUUUAAUCACACAAAAGAUAUCAUAGUACGUGCAAAGUUGAACGCGCCGUAUAAUUUGGAUCCGCGUCCUGAAUAUGCAAGAGCAAUUUUGAAUUGGGAUGACCAUCUAGUCCCAGUGGCGCAGAUCACAGGAAAUCAAAUCAGUAGCAAGCUACUCAGUUGUAGAGAUGCUAAUGCUCUUCUGAUGUUCCCAGGACAAACAUCAGAGAAAAAAAAAUUGGGAAAGGAUGAUUUUGUACCUGCAAUGCUUGUUAAUUUUUGAUAUUUUUGAUAUUUGAGUAAUUAAGAGAGAUAUUUUUUCAUUUCAAAUAAUCAAGUUGUUACCAAUUGUUGAAUAAAAGAUAUAUUUAUAAUAUAAA